AUGUCUCUCCAGGAAGCUCCGGAGCUUGUAAGAAACCACCUCAGUUUCAGUCGAUCUGGUGGUCUCUACGACGACGUCAGCGGAUCCCCCCAACGACCGCAAUCGUCAAGUUGCGGAAAUCACAACAAUAGUAACGCGAACAGCAACAACACCCAGCAACACCAGCGGGCGCAACAGCAGCAGCAACAACAACAGCAGCAGCAGCAACAACAGCCACAGCAGCAUAGAUCUCAAACGCCCACUGCAGCGUCGACUUCAGGACUGCAAGGUCACGCACAUAUUCCUUCCCAUUGUAUCGAGCAGCCACGUUUCAGAUCGAUAGCGGACAAUCAGCUUCUGGCCCAAGAAUCAGAAAAUGCCGCCGAAGAGGAUCGACGCCGGGCAGAGCUCGCUUGGAACUCGGGAAAAGGCGUGAUAACUUCACGAAUCGUGGCCGAACGUUCACGCGCGAACUUGGCUUCAGAUCUGAAUGGCCACGUAUCGGACAACUGCAACGCCACCAGCAGUAGCAGCAGUAGCGGAGACUAUCCCUCAGCGGUUCCCUGCAUGAUUGUCCACAAUGAAGGGCAUAAUCCACACAAUGGUGAGUUGCCCCUUGAGUUCUCCGACCAGAUUGCGCGCGGGGAACUCACGACUAUCACCUCUAACGUGGCAGCUUACUUCCCAGGCCAGGUCAAUUGGGAGCGAGAUCUCAACAACAUCAAGCUCGAGUACAUGGAUCUGGAUGAUUUUCUCCAGGAGAACAACAGAGGUUCCGUCCGACAGCAUCAGGGUGGUCAGCUUCAGCAGCACUUGCAUCAACAUCGACAGCAAAUGCAAAUGUCGUAUGCGCGAAGCAGCUCUGAAGACAUCGGCAACCUUGGCAUGCGUUUCGCGAACGCGAAGUCAAGAGGCGAACCCAGUACCUACCCGGGCUACUGUAAUGUGCAGUCGACGGAAGAGCAUUAUUCAAAAGACAUCAAGUCUCCGGAGAGUCCAAAUCAGCUCGUGAACGUCGAAUGUGGCUUCACAAGGAACGAUCUCGCGUUAGCCACGAUACCAGGUCAAGAAGAUUUCGAUCCGUCUAGUCACUCAUUCUCGGAAGAUGAACUAAAACCACAGCCGAUCAUCAAGAAAUCGCGAAAACAGUUUGUCCCUCCAGAGCUGAAAGAUGAGAAGUAUUGGGCCCGGAGGCAGAAGAACAACAUUGCGGCCAAAAGGUCUCGAGAGGUGCGUCGCGUGAAGGAAAAUCAAAUAGUGUUGCGUGCCUCAUUUCUCGAAAAAGAAAAUGUUGCCCUUCGUGAAGAAGUGCGAAAACUCCUUCAAGACAACGAGAGACUUCUGCAGCGUUUGCGGAAAUAUGAAAACUGA